CCUAUAUUUACCUGUGCCAUGAACCAUUGAGAGCAUGUGCCGCCGACGAAAUGACGUCAGCCACACACACAGCGUGACACGGCCUGAAAUUCGGGAACUUUUAAAAUUCAAAUGCGAUCUACAAUUUAUGCAGCAAUGGAAUAUUUUAAUGCAAGCGUUACACAAAGGAUUUAUAGUACUAAUUACAAAAGGACGAAUAACUUUGAUGUCUAUAAAAUAUUGUGAAUGUGGUGUAACGGAAUUUCUGGGAAAAUAUGGUGCUUACUCCUUUGCGACUUUGGGAAUUUUUUCAAAGCCUUUGAAAACUAAAAGUGUGAACGUUUUUAUACCCCUCCCUCGUCAUUUCGUUUACAACACCUCUAUAUGUCUAAGACCCCAUAAAGUAUACAUAUUCUUGAUUGUCAUGACAUUUUAAGUCGAUCUAGUAAGGCCCGUCCGUCUGUCGAAAGCAGGCUAACUUAACGAAGGAGUAAAGCUAGACGCUUGAAAUUUUGCACAAAUACUUCUUAUUAGUGUAGGUCGGCUGGGAUUGUAAAUGGGCCAAAUCGGUCCAUGUUUUGAUAUGGCUGCCAUAUAAACCGAUCUUGGGUGUUGACUUCUUGAGCAUCUAGAGUACGCAAUUAACCGAUUUGGGUGAAAUUUUGCGUGACGUGUUUUGUUAUGACUUCCAAGAACUACCAUAAAUAUGGGUCAAAUCGGAAUAUAAUCUGAUAUAGCUGCCAUAUAAACUGAUCUGGGAUCUUCUUAAGCAUCUAGAGGGCGCAAUUCUUAUCCAAUUUUGCUGAAAUUUUUUACAACGGCUUCUACCUGACCUUCAACAUACGUGUUGAUCUAUAGCCUGAUACAGCUCUCAUAUAAACCGAUCUCUCCAUUAUAUCUCUUGAUCCCCUACAAGGCGCAAUUUUUAUCCAAAAGGACUGAAAUAUUGCCCAAUUACUUCUACUAUGGUCUUCAACAUUCAAUUCACUUAUGGUCCGAAUCGGACUAUAACUUGAUAGCAUAACAAUUCUUAUGCAGUAUUCUUUGUUUGCCUAGAAAGAGAUACCACGCAAAGAACUCGACAAAUGCGAUCUAUGGUGGAGGGUACAUAAGAUUCGACCAUGCCGA